UUUUCGAAAAAAAAAUUUAUUGAAGUUCUUAGGAAAUGAUUUUACCAAACAAAGAGCAGUUGGCAGUAGUUUUUAGAGUGUAUUAAAAAAUAAUGUAUGUCACCAUUUGCUUCAGCAGGUAACCAAUCUUUUACCACCCUUUUUUCAUUCUCUCUCCUAAAUCACAAUCAUUACACUCUCUCUUCCUUACCUUCUAGUAUUACAUUACUAUACUAAUCUAAUCUACUCCCAUUAUUAUUAUUAUUAUUAUUAUUCCUGUGAUCCAUACUAUUUAUUUUUAUUAUAUUUUUUAUGCUUCAAUUCAAUUUACUCUCCUUUGAAUUUCUGGAAAUCUCAUUCUGAAAAUUGAACAAAAAUAACAAAAUUUGAUCCAUUAUUAUUGCAAGUAUUUGAUACCCAUUUCGAUUCGCACUGUCGAUUUGAUUGCAGAGUUGUUCUUGAUCCCUUCUGUUUUUGGUAGCCCAGGUCAUUUUUUUUUUGGUUUAAUAUUUAGAGUGAAUAAAUAAAAGGUAGAACGAAGAAGAGCAAGAAAAGGGAAUCUGCUUUCUUUAUGCAACUCUGAAUAUGGGUGAUGAUGGGAGUAGUAAUCAAAUGGGGUUCCAUGGUGAAAUUAUACCCAAUUCGCCGUCUUCGGGUAUGAUCUCAAGAUCUACGACAUUAAGUUCAAUUUAUGGUUCUAGUUGGGAUCAAAUGGUUAAUCUUGGUAAUCAAAGUGGAAAUUAUGGUGGUGCUUCUAUGGUUUCUAGUGGUGAAUUGACAAAGUCGUCUUCCUAUCCUAUGUUAAUUGAAUCCCAAGGGGUUAGCAGUUCACACCUUGGUAACUACCCUGCUGAUCCGAACCUUGCUCAUCAGAUUUUGCCCAAGCUUCCGAUGUUCGGGGGCCGGAAUUUCCCUGAAAUUGUUGGUCCUUUUGGCCUACAUGAGGGCUCACAGUCUCACUUUCCUCCAGCAUAUGCAUCCAAUAGAAGGGGCAUCGAUGAGAAGUCAUCGGCGAAUGUUGCACAGACUGAACGAGGCUGCCAAGUUGCCGAUGGGAGAGCUGUAGGUGUAUCACCAAAUGGCAAGAGGAAGCGAGACUCCGAGUCUCCUUCUCCGACUAAUGAGACUACUGAUGGAGACCCGCAGAAAGAUCAUUCAAGUGAUGUGUCGGGCCAAAAGGGACACGAUGAUCAGAAAAAGAGAAACGAGCCAAAUGCUGUUGCCAAUUCGUCCAGUGCUCAAGCAGGUAAACAGGUGAAAGAUGGCUCUCAAAGUGAAGAGGCUCCGAAGCAAAAUUACAUUCAUGUGAGGGCUAGACGCGGUCAGGCAACAAAUAGUCACAGCCUUGCGGAAAGGGUGAGGAGAGAGAAGAUCAGUGAGAGAAUGAGACUUCUUCAAGAACUUGUUCCUGGGUGUAAUAAGAUUACCGGGAAAGCUGUGAUGCUAGAUGAGAUAAUCAAUUAUGUUCAAUCGCUCCAGCAGCAGGUUGAGUUUCUGUCAAUGAAACUUUCCACCGUGAACCCUGAGCUGAACUUUGAUAUUGAGAGACUUCUAACCAAAGAUAUUCUGCACUCACGAGGUAAUGAAUCGUCUGCACUCGGAUUUAACCAAGGAAUGGGCUCUGCCCAUCCAUUUACUCAAGGAAUCCAUCAAAGUUUGACUGCUAUGCCAAAUUCAGCGUCGCAAUAUCAUCACAUGCCUCAAGCUGUAUGGGAUAGUGACCUGCAAAGUCUUCUUCAUAUGGGUUUUGACUCUAACUCUGCUGUUGGUGGUCUAGGACCAAAUGGUAGCUCAAAGACUGAGCUGUAGGAUUAUUAUGGAAAAUACGCAGGUUCUGAUCUCUCCUAACAGAAAAUUCAAUAUUUAGUUUACUGCGCAUUUGACUCAACUAGAAAAACGAAGAAAAAAAAGAUUAUUUUUGCAGGAAAAAUGGAAAAUUAAGGCUGUAGUGUGGUGUUGUAUAGGUGUUCAGUUCCUGACUUUUCUUCGAGUUUUAGAGAAGAAGGUGACUUGUUAGAUUCACAACUUCUUUGUAAAUUGAGAAAGCUGUUUCAAAACUUGUUAAAGACAAUUGAUUUUUUUUUUUUCUUUUUUACCCAACAUUAACUUGGGAACGCAAAGCUUUGAAAUGUUUUGAUUGCUAUGAUUAGUAGGAAAUUUUUUUUGUAAAGAGAUCCAAAUUUAAAUCUGAUGAUUGAUAGUAUGAGAAGUGAGAUCGGGUUUUUUCUUUA